AACCUCACCCUCAUGAUUAUGUCUGGACUUGCAGUGUAGUUUCAGAGCCAUAUAAGGAGCAUUCUGUCUAGAUGUCAAGGUAACAGGUGCUGUGGUGUUGCUUGUGAAGACUCUGGAUUUACAGGAAUAAUGAGUGCAUCCAAACCCCAGGAAAGCGGUGAGGUGCGAAUCGAACCCUCUCUGAAUAAGAAUGAAGCAGAGUUUAUAGACGGAAGGAGAAAAUCUGUUCUACAAAGCCUGAAGAAGCUUCAGAUAGAGUGCAGUCAGAAUGAGGUGCCAAACAUUGCCUUACUGGGUUCUGGAGGAGGAGAAAGAGCCAUGGUGGGUUUGCUGGGAUCCCUGGUUCAGCUCCAGAAAACAGGUCUUCUGGACUCCAUCCUUUAUCUGAGCGGAGUCUCUGGAUCCACGUGGUCCAUGGCCUCCGUAUAUCAGGAACCAGACUGGUCCACCAAACUAGAGACUGUGAAAGACAAGAUCAUCAAGAGACUCAACGGUCCUGGAGUCAGCUGGAAAGAAGCAUUUGCCAAACUGAAGAAAUAUUAUGGAAAAGAUCACUUCAGUCUGACUGAUAUCUGGGCAGUGAUGGUCAUCACGACAUUUGUGAAAGAGAUUGAUGAACACACACUCACAGAGCAGUGGAGCCAGCAGAGUAAAGACGGUAAAGUCCCGUUUCCCAUCUACACCAUGAUCGACAAGAAGUGCAAACAGCGGAAUAUCGGAGACCCCUGGUUCGAGAUCACUCCUCAUGAAGCAGGUUAUUCUCUCACUGGAGCGUUUGUGGACGCCUCCAACUUUGGCAGCAAGUUUCACAAAGGCUCCAAGAAAAAUCAGCAGGAUGAAUUUGACAUGCUGUACCUGCAAGCUCUAUGCGGAAGCGCUUUAGCUGAUGAAGUGGAGAUUAAGAAACUCCUCUGGCAAAAGAUAAAAGAUUUCUUUCAACAAAAGGAAACAAUAUUUGAGGAAAUGAGGAAGGAACAGCAUGAGAGGAGUCCUGAAGCAUUGGCAAGAGAGAGCGGAACAGGGUUGGAAAAAGUCUUUGCAGUGGGAUUCAAAGCGCUACUGCACCCUCUAUCAGAGCUCAGACAACAAGAUCCAAACUCUCCAGUAACAGAAGAGUGUUAUCAGGUGCUCAUGAAACUCGUGGACAUGAAUAUCUCUGUUUUAACUGGAAAAGAUCCUUCUGCACUUGAUGAAUCCAUCAGGACAACACUGUACGACCUCUCUGGAGGCAAAAUUCGUUUGGAAAGACUGAGAAUUAUUGAUAGAAAAGCAGAAAAACUGAAUAUGAAGAGUUACACCAUGGAUGUAAUCAACAGUUUGAGUGGUCGGAUUGGUUACUGGCUAUUUGAUGCUUGGAUGAGCAUUAUUAAUUGCAUGAAUCUGUGGGUCUGGGGCAGGAAUUAUAACUUCCUCCACGACAUGACAGGUGAAGCAGUGCCCUCCACUCUUCAGGAAACUAAGACGAGAGACUUUGAAGAUGCCGGACUGUUGCUGAACUCACCCUACUUCUCAGUGCUGAGAAAAGAGAGACACAUCGACCUCAUCAUUUCACUGGAUUUCAGUGAGGGUGAUCCUUUCUUGACAGUGAAGGAAGCUGCCAAGACGUGCAAGGAACUAAACAUCCCUUUCCCUGAGGUCAACAUUCUCAGUGGACACUCAGAGAACCCGAAGGACUUCUAUGUGUUCAAAGGCAAAAACACUCCAACCGUGAUCCACAUCCCUCUCUUUAAUGUGGUCAACUGUGGAGAUAAAAUUGAGGCUAAGAGGAAAAGUUAUAAGACCUUUCAAGGUCCUUACAGCGCUGAGAUGAUCACUGAUCUCAUGGAGGUCGCUGGAAAAAACAUCACAAACAACAAAGACUGUCUGCUGGAGCAGAUCCGAGCAGCCGUUGGGCAAAAAGGAUCCAGACGUUAAUGUUUAAAAUCUGAAUAUAGACUAAACUGAUUUGCAUAUCAGCAGUGUUGGGGGUAACGCAUUACAAGAAACUUGAGUUAUGUAAUCAGAUUACUUUUUUCAAGUAACUAGUAAAGUAAUGCAUUACUUUUAAAUUUACAAUUUAAUCUCUGAGUUGCUUUUUCAAAUCAGUAAUGCAAGUUACUUUGUUUUCACAUUUAUUGACUGAUGCCUCUCCUGUCGCCAUGUUGAGAGGAAUCGUAAGUGUUUGUAACGUAACAUUACUUUCCUUAAAAAGUAACUAAGUAAUGCAAUCUGCAAUGGGGGUAACGCAAUACUUUCUGAAGUAACUUUCUCCAACGCUGCAUAUCAGUCAUUUUACAACAGUUUAAUUUCUUUUUCUGUCAGCUUUUAUUUUUCUGCAAAAUGACAUUAGAUUAUCAGAGGUUUCCAUUUUAUGAUUAUAAUAAAAUAGAGUUAUGGUCCUGAAUGCUGACUGGUCAAUUCAGAGUUUCAUAAUUUUUACUUUCCCUAUAGUAUUUUGGACAUACAGUAUUUAAAAAUGGGUUCUUAUUAAUUCAACAAGGGUUAGGAUUUGGUUUCGUUAUAAGCAGUGUACUAAUUUAAUUACCCAGAAAUUUCUUCCAUGCUCUUAACUUAGUUAAGUUCCAGAGUUAAAUACACUAAAAAAAAAUGAAUGAAUGAAUGAAUGAAUGAAUGGCAUGGUUUAUUUACUAGAUGCAUCUAUUUGAUUUUAGUUUAGAAAUCAUAUUUUCAAAAAAGCAUCUAUUUGAUUCCUUAGAAUCAGUAUAAACCAGCCCAUUUGUGAAAUAAUCAAAUUGAAUCAGUCCCCCUGUGGUAAAAAUCAAGUUUUUAAUGUUGUUUAUAUGUCUAUGUGGUGUUUUUAAUAUGCUUUAAGACAAAUCAUGUGAAAAUUCAUCAGUCAACACCAUUGCUGAGUAUUUUCUCCUUAAAUCUGAAGUGAAAAAACACAGUUUGAAAUCUCUGGUGUGUGUGACGUCACUAACUACCCCAGUGGUGUAUUCUAUGUGAUAUGCAGGUAUAUGCCGUAUAUCUGCAUAUCACGUACCCUAUAUAUUAUAUAAGGUAAUAUAAAUGAUCACUGAUCUCAUGAAGGUCGCUGGAAAAAACAUCAGAGUGAAACUGGUGGAGCAGAUCCGUGCGGUCACUAAAGCUAAAUGGCUCCAGGCAAUGGCACGACAAAAUCCAUAUUAUAUAUUACCUUUGUUAUAUAAUAUUAUUGAAAUUAAUGUUUGAAAUGGUCUUAUUAAUUUCACAAGGUUCAAGAAAUGUAAUAAUAUCCUAAAAGAAAUUUCUGACACAAACUAAACAGACUUAAAUAAUAUUAAGUACAUUAGAAAAUACAGGAAUACGUAGAGGAUCAAGCACUGGAACCAUCAAUAAACAUUAUGAGUAUUAAUCGCAAAUUAUGGAAGCUGCUCAGGUGUAAUAUGAUACAAGUUAAACAAGAGGGCGCCAGAGCUCAAUCUUCACUGUUUGGACAGAACUGUAUAACUGAGUAUUAUUAAAUUAUCUUGCAUCCUUGCAUAUUUUAGGUUUCAUCUGUGACAGAGGACGUCUCUUACUUAGAUAUUCAACUGCAGCAAGUCCACUGAUGUGCCACUGAUGUGUUGGGUCCAGCCUCAGGACAUUUUGCAUCACAGUGCAAAAUGUUCAGUUUUAGAUCGUUAUUUAAGUACAUCAAGUUAAACUAAAUGAAAAUGAGAAAUGUUGCUACAUUGCAACUAGCUGAAAUAAAACAAGGUUAAGGUUAAUGUUUAUUGUAUUUAUUUCAAGUAGAGAUUUAGUGUGUGUGUGUGUGUAUGUGUGUGAAUUAUAGCCUGGUAAAAUCUGUUGUCAGAUUUCCAAGAAUGUAAUGCUUUUAUUUCACAAUCUCAAUGACACUCCCAUUUAAAGAAAAUUCUAACCGUAACGGAAGAAAUAGUGGCAUCACAGUCAUACAGCAGAACCAAACAAAAUCACACCAUAAUUGUUGGCACCCUUGAUAAAUAUGAUCAAAGGUGACUGUAAAAAUAAAUCUGCAUUGUUUAUUCUUUUGAUCUUUAAUUCAUAAAUUAGCAAAAAUCUAACCUUUCAUUGAAGGAAAGGAAUUGAAAGUGGGGGGCAUAAAAUCACAUUAUGAAAUGAAUAUUUUUCUCUAAAACACGUUGGCCAAAAUUAUUGGCACCCUUUUAUUCAAUACUUUUUGCCCUUUGCCAAACUCCUUUUGCCAAAAUAACAGCUCUGAGUCUUCUUCUAUAAUGCCUGCUGCUCUUCAGUUCAUUCCACUCAUUCUCUUUAGGGUUCAGGUCAGGGGACUGGGACGGUCAUGGCAGAAGCUUCAUUUUGUGCUCAGUGACACAUUUUUGUGUUGGUUUUGAUGUUUGUUUUGGAUCAUUGUCCUGAUGGAAGAUCCA